AUGUAUCAUACAUUUUCCAGCGGGGGGUUAAGGGAUAACUCGAGCGUGUACUCUGGGAGUAGUAAUACUACGAGCGGUUCGGCUUUUCACAGUAGGGGAAUUCCACGGUCGAACUCUACAUCAGAUCUAUUCGAGAUACCUGUCCAAGGAACUGGAGGGAACUGUAGGAAGCCAAAAUCAGGUCCCCGUGCGUCUUUUGCAGCUAAUGGUAGAUCAAACAGUUUGCAACAUGUACCAAAAGGGCACCAGCUACCGAAUGGCUAUCAAAUCAAGCCGAGGGAUAUGCAUUACCAUAGGGGCAGGUUCCCAGAUCAGCAAUCCCUUCGUCAAGGUCUUUGCAAAUCCCCAAGUUACUCUUCCAGCAAUUAUAGCCUUGAACCACAAAAUUCUUUAAACUCUAUUCCUGAGAGGCGGCAGCCUCAUUAUGUUCUUACGCCUUAUCAGUUGCAAAGGAAACAAAUGAAAGGAGCAUUCCAAUUCCCAAAUGGUGAAAACUUUACCCCGAGGAACAAGCUACCAAGGUCGAGUAGUUCCAUAGCGUUGAGCAAGGGUGGAAAUCCAGCUUUACAGCCUUUGUCAAGGUCCCAGUCGAUGAACUCAUUGCCUCCGAGGCCUGUUCGGCUACCAAAACCUCCUCUUACUGUUGUUACCUCACCUUCUCCGGUUGAAUCGGGGAGCAGUGGUAGCAGCUACAACAGUAUGAAGGAUCAUUCGAGUAGCGGUAGUACCAAUCAAAGUAGUCGACCUAGUACUCACAGUAGUUACACUAAUUUACCGUCAACGGUUGGAAAGCAAAGAUCACCAUUAAUUAUGAAGAUAGAGCCACCAAGAGACAAAGAGAACCUGCCAGAAAUGAUUGUGGAGGAAGUGCCUACCAGUACGGGUUCUCAAACAGAGACUAAUGGGCCAGUGAAGCGAAAGAAUUCCAACACGCCUAACGAUGGAAAGGAGACUUCGAAUAAGUCUGUCAAAAGAGGCAGUUCGAUGUCAGGUUUUAAAAGCUUUCUUAAAAAACUAUUCCAUCGCCAGUCUUCUUCACGUUCCCCCUCGCCGAUCUCUGAAUCUGAUAAGAAUAAAAAGCGGCAACGGAUAACGCGCGAGUUAACAGGACUAUCGGCAGACCUACCGAACGAGCUGGCCGCUGCCAAUUCUUCCAUGGAUAAUGUGGAUGAGGAAACUAACCGGACACCCGUAUCUAAAACAGAAGCUGAAAAUGACUCUUCUGCUGAGGAUGAAGACGACGGUGAUGAUACUUUGAUGGACACAGACCUGGUGUUUGAUAGUUUACUUUUGAAAGCCGAUUCUAACCGCGUAUCAUGUUUGCAAAAGCAAAUUGAAUUAAAUCAAAAGCUUCAAAAGAUCCCAUCUUUAGACUCUCGUAUUCCAAGUGACCUGCAGUCUCCGCCUGAGGCUAGUAAGGAAGAAUCCAAUAUUGAUUAUGAGUUGAUCUCAGAGUUCUCUAGAUUGGGAAAAUUCAUUGAGAAGGCAGAAGAAAUUCGCGAGUCUAAACCAUCAAAUCUUCCUACCAGGUCACCCAAGAGGCCGGCAAUUUCGAGUAAAGACUCUGCCAGAUCCUUUUAUCAUCCUCGUCGUAGAGGUACUGGUUCAAGCCAUGAUUUAAUUGCAAGAUUAUAUCAGGACUGGAAAAUUGUCCAUCUCGAUGCAUCUGUCCAGACACAGAAGCAUUUUCUCAAAGACAAGGAGCUGCGGUUUGGGCAAGAUAUUUACGUCAAUGAUACUUGGUCUGCAACGGAUUACGAACGAAGCGAUAAACGGUUUAUUAGAAACCGUCGGCGCCUGAUGCAAUUAAAGGAUAAAGGCUUCAUUGAAGCUGUGAAAAUUGAACUGAAUGAAUUCAAAAAAACGAAAUGA